AAUAAACAAGAACCAGCAAAAGACCUCCUCAGUUGUUUUAUUUUCGUUUUUCGCCCGAAUGGCCCCAUCUCGCCCAAAUGUUCUAACCUGUUGCGUUUGCUUCUCCAAUCGACAGGCGCCACAUCCGCAUCUGCAACCAAACGAAAACGCGGCAGGCCGAAAACGAAGGUCGAGGAUCUCACGCCCAAGCCGAAGCUCCUGGACAAGCUGCACGCGGCGACCCUGAACGAGGAGGCCAGCGAGCCGGCGGUCUACGCCUCCACCACCAAGGGCGGUGUCAAGCUAAUCUUCAAUGGCCACCUCUUCAAGUUCUCGUUCCGCAAGAACGACUACUCGGUGUUCCAGUGCUGCUACCGGGAGCACGGCGAGACCUGCAAGGUGCGGGUGGUGUGCGACCAGAAGAGGGUCUUCCCCUACGACGGCGAGCACGUCCACUUCAUGCAGGCCAGCGACAAGAGCUGCCUGCCCUCGCAGUUCAUGCCUGGCGAAUCGGGGGCCAUUUCCACGAUGUCCAGCAGCAAGGACACCAAGGUGGAGCUGCUGAUCAAGAACACCACAAAGCUGGAGGAAUCCGGGGAAUCCAGGGAGGACGAGGAUUUCGAGGAGUUUGAGAUUCAGGAGAUCGACGAGAUCGAGCUGGACGAACCGUUGGCUGAAAAGGAACCGCCCGCCAAGGACGAGGAAGUGGACCCCAAUGAUUUCCGUGAAAAGAUCAAGCGACGCCUCCAGAAGGCUCUGCAGAGCAAGAAGAAGUGAUGCUGAAGAU